GCUCACCAGCAGGUGUACAACGGUGAGCAGCACCACGAGGGCAAGUUCUCCCACGAGUUCGCCGCCGGUGCCGCUUCCUUCGGUGCCAUGAAGGCCUACGAGGACCAUGAGCGCAAGAACGGCAAGCCCGUGAGCCACGCUUUCGCCAAGGAGCUCCUGGCCGGCAUUGUCGGCGGCGAGAUUGACAAGCUCGCCGAGACCAAGGGUAUGGACUGGGUUGAUCGUGAGAAGGCCCACCACCACGCCAAGGAGAACGCCAAGCACAUGUACGAGGAGCGCUACGAGCGGGGCAACUACUAA